UGCAGAAUGUGGUCCCCUCCUCUGUUUUGAUUGUAACCAGAAUUAUUUGAAAGAGUCCUCUCCUCACACAGCAAGCAAAUAUCCCAACACCAUCAUGAAGCCUUUAUUUAUUCCAACCAACUGAUCCCAAACCUCACUACCUUUUUUUUUCUCUCUUUUGUUAAUUACUUUGCCAUACCAGAAUUAUGGAUGCCUUCUCUUCCUCUUUCUUAUCCACAUUUCCCACUCAAAAUCUAUCUCUCUCUCCUGCCAUAGCAACCCCCAAGCUCAGCAUUUCCUCUGUUAGAAUUGAAGAAAGACCAUCAAGCCCACCACCAGCUACAAAACCCACCUCCACAAAAGCACCACAGCCUCCAAAAACUCCAUCCCCGCCACUAAAAACAAAAGCUCGCGAUUACAACAAUGCUUCAACAUUCUCUGCGGCCAAGAAACAAACAGAUCCUACGCUACCUGCAGUGAUCUUCAACGCUUUGGAUGACAUCAUUAACAGCUUCAUCGACCCUCCACUGCGCCCUUCUGUGGACCCAAAACACGUCCUCUCCAACAACUUUGCUCCUGUUGAUGAGCUUCCUCCGACCGAGUGUGAGAUCAUACAGGGCUCCCUGCCGCCGUGCCUCGACGGUGCCUACAUCCGCAAUGGCCCGAACCCGCAGUACCUUCCACGUGGGCCCUACCACCUGUUUGACGGAGACGGCAUGCUUCACUCUGUUAGGAUCUCCAAAGGCCGUGCUGUGCUCUGCAGCCGCUAUGUCAAGACCUACAAAUACACCAUUGAGCGUGAUGCCGGCUACCCUCUUCUUCCCAACGUCUUCUCUAGCUUCAACAGCCUCACUGCCUCCGCCACACGUGGCGCUCUCUCCGCUGCCCGCAUCUUUACAGGCCAAUACAAUCCUGCUAAUGGCAUUGGUCUUGCAAACACAAGUUUGGCUUUCUUUGGCAACCAACUUUAUGCGCUUGGCGAGUCUGAUCUCCCUUAUUCUCUGCGUUUGACAUCCAAUGGAGAUAUCCAAACUCUGGGACGCCAUGAUUUUGAUGGCAAGCUCUUCAUGAGCAUGACGGCUCAUCCAAAGAUAGACCCUGAAACAGGGGAGGCCUUUGCCUUCCGCUACGGCCCCUUGCCUCCAUUUCUAACAUACUUUCGGUUUGAUGCAAACGGCACAAAACAGCCAGACGUGCCCAUAUUUUCUAUGGUCACUCCAUCGUUCCUCCAUGAUUUUGCAAUCACAAAAAAAUAUGCCAUCUUUGCUGACAUACAAAUUGGCAUGAACCCAAUUGACAUGAUCACCAAAGGAGCAUCCCCUGUUGGUUUGAACCCUUCCAAGGUGCCUAGAAUCGGAGUGAUCCCGCGAUAUGCGAAAGACGAAUCGGAGAUGAGGUGGUUUGAUGUGCCUGGUUUCAACAUCAUACAUGCCAUCAAUGCUUGGGAUGAAGAGGAUGCUAUAGUGAUGGUGGCACCAAACAUUUUGUCGGCAGAGCACACAUUGGAGAGAAUGGAUUUGAUCCAUGCUUCGGUUGAGAAAGUUAGGAUUGAUCUCAAGACAGGGAUUGUGUCAAGGCAACCCAUCUCCACAAGAAAUCUAGACUUUGCUGUGUUCAAUCCGGCUUAUGUGGGGAGGCAGAACAAGUAUAUUUAUGCAGCUGUGGGUGAUCCAAUGCCUAAGAUAUCAGGGGUGGUGAAAUUAGAUGUGUCCAAUGUGGAGCACAAGGAGUGUAUAGUGGCUAGCAGGAUGUUUGGGCCAGGGUGCUAUGGGGGUGAGCCGUUUUUCGUGGCUAGAGAGCCAGAGAAUCCGGAGGCGGAUGAGGAUGAUGGGUACGUGGUGACGUAUGUUCACGAUGAGAAGGCAGGAGAAUCAAGGUUCUUGGUGAUGGAUGCCAAGUCUCCUCAGCUUGAUAUUGUGGCAGAUGUGAGGCUGCCCCGGCGGGUGCCUUAUGGCUUCCAUGGACUCUUUGUGAAGGAAAGUGAUCUCAACAAGUUGUAGUGUCAUGUGUCCCCAUUCAGCAACACAGUAAACGUUACACAAACUAUAACAAAAAAAUAAAAAUCACCCACCACAUCUAUAUACUGUCAUAACCACAAACCAUUACAAUUACAAGUUUGAAAUAUCUAUUGUACAUAUUUUCAAUAAAGCUAUCUGCAUUUUAUUUGCU